AUGGCGGCUCUCCCCGGCACGGUCCCCAGGAUGAUGCGGCCAGCGCCGGGACAGAACUACCCCCGGACCGGCUUUCCCCUGGAAGUGUCCACCCCGCUGGGCCAGGGCCGGGUCAACCAGCUCGGUGGGGUCUUUAUCAACGGGCGACCCCUGCCCAACCACAUCCGCCACAAGAUCGUGGAGAUGGCCCACCACGGCAUCCGCCCCUGCGUCAUCUCCCGCCAGCUCCGCGUCUCCCACGGCUGCGUCUCCAAGAUUCUCUGCCGCUACCAGGAGACCGGCUCCAUCCGGCCCGGGGCCAUCGGAGGCAGCAAACCCAGGCAGGUAGCCACUCCAGACGUGGAGAAGAAAAUCGAGGAGUACAAGCGGGAGAACCCAGGCAUGUUCAGCUGGGAGAUCCGGGACCGACUGCUGAAAGACGGGCAUUGCGACCGCAGCACGGUCCCCUCAGGUUUAGUGAGUUCGAUUAGCCGCGUGCUCAGAAUCAAGUUCGGGAAGAAAGAAGAGGAGGACGAGUGCGACAAGAAGGAGGAGGACGGCGAGAAGAAGGCCAAGCAUAGCAUUGACGGCAUCCUGGGCGACAAAGGGAACCGACUGGAUGAAGGCUCCGAUGUGGAGUCCGAGCCCGACCUCCCCCUGAAGCGGAAGCAACGCCGGAGCCGCACCACAUUCACGGCGGAGCAGCUGGAGGAGCUGGAGAAGGCUUUCGAGAGGACCCACUACCCUGACAUCUACACCCGUGAAGAGCUGGCCCAGAGGACCAAGCUCACGGAGGCUCGCGUCCAGGUGUGGUUCAGCAACCGCAGAGCCCGGUGGCGUAAACAGGCGGGAGCCAAUCAGCUUGCAGCUUUCAACCACCUUCUGCCGGGGGGCUUCCCACCCACGGGCAUGCCGACGCUCCCUCCUUACCAGCUGCCGGACUCCACCUACUCCACCACCACCAUUUCCCAAGAUGGGGGUAGUACAGUGCACCGGCCCCAGCCUCUCCCACCUUCCACCAUGCACCAGGGAGGACUGGCAGCCGCUGCGGCCGCCGCGGACACCAGCUCCGCGUACGGCGCCCGCCACAGCUUCUCCAGCUACUCCGACAGCUUCAUGAACCCAACGGCUCCGACCAACCACAUGAACCCUGUCAGCAACGGCCUGUCUCCUCAGGUCAUGAGUAUCCUGAGCAAUCCCAGCGGAGUGCCCCCGCAGCCCCAAGCUGAUUUCUCCAUCUCCCCCCUCCACGGUGGGCUGGACACCACCAACUCCAUCUCGGCCAGCUGCAGCCAGCGGAGCGACUCCAUCAAGUCUGUCGACAGCCUUCCCACCUCGCAGUCGUACUGUCCCCCCACCUACAGUACCACUGGCUACAGCGUGGAUCCCGUGGCUGGCUACCAGUAUGGGCAGUAUGGACAAACCGCUGUCGACUACCUGGCCAAGAACGUGAGCCUGUCCACCCAGCGUAGAAUGAAGCUGGGCGAACACUCCGCGGUUCUGGGGCUCCUGCCCGUGGAGACGGGCCAGGCCUACUGAGGAGCCCCCCUGGGGGAUUCCGGCCAUGCCCAUCCCUCUGGGAUCGACCUAUCGCCACCACCACCAUCGCCACCACCAGCAUUCCAGAGACCCACCUCUACCAAGCCCUCCCAUCCCCACUCCUUCCUCCAUCUGAAUCCAAAUCAACAGCAACUCCACCCCACACCUGAGCUACCGAGGAGGCUGGGUGGAGGCGGGGCCGAGAUGGGCAAGAGACUCUCCGGGAACCCCAGUUUCUUCCUGAUCAAUCCCUGAGCUACAUCUCCCCAAGCCGCAACCUUGCCCAAGGCCUGAGAUGUGGAAUAACUUUACUGCCACCCUCUGGCCUCACCCUUUCCCCUUUGUUCCCCCUUCCUGCUGGAUUGCAGAAAGCUCUUAAAAAUUUACCCUUGUUUUAGGCAACUGGCAGGACCCCCAGUGGACUGGAAGGGGGAAUGUUUAAGCUCUUCUGCGUACAAUACCCACACAUAUACAUAGAUACACUUUGUAAAUGGUGAGCUUGAAGAGCACAGGGAAACUAAGAUGAGAACAGUGGUUUCGAGUGUGGGACCACAGAACUCUUUGGACCAAAUGAAAGUCGCGGGGACCAAGGCAGCUUUUCCCUAGAAGAAUUGGGAGUAGAGGUAUGAUCAAAGGGAGUGAUUGACCGUUAACCCAGUAGUCCACCCUAGUUGAUUCAAGUGAGUCAUCGCAAAAGCAGGACUUUUAUGAAUAAUAGUUGGGGUUGAGUGGGUUGAGAGCAGGAAGGCAGGGAAGGUGGGAGGGUUUGCCAAAGGCCCAACUCAGACAUUCCACCAGGGAGUCACUUAAACCCUGGUCAGUAGGUGGGGGCAGGAUGCUUGGGUUCUCUCCAAGACUGCCGGGGGCAGGAGAUGAGGUGGGGAGGGUCAGGG